CAUGAGUUCCAUGCAAGUGCUUGUAAAAUGUGGUUGGUAUGUUAUCACAGAUGUGAUUGAGUCUUUCAUUUGCUUUAUCACUUUUCUGUCUGAUUUCUUUCUUUUUUGUAAUGGUCCGAAAACUAUGAUCACUAAGUGGCCUUAAUUUAUAUUAUUUGUUUGCAGUAUAAUAAAUGAUUUUGCUUUUGCCUCCAAAGUAGAUUUAAAUUUUAAAGGCUUUUCAUCAGAGACUUUUCUUGCAGCCAUGGUUCCUUCUCUUUCUCUGAAAACUGAACAAUACCAUGCUAAUUAAAUUAAGAAAUAUUAGUCACAAUGCAGUGCUAUUUUUAAUACCACAAUUAUCGCUUUCAAACUAUCAAAACUGAAUUUCCUGACUCAAAAAACCUAUGACUACAUGCAUCACACAUAUAUAAAAAAAUAAAAACAAACACAUUUUUUGUGAAGUGCGAUUUAUAAACACUUUCAGAAAUGGCUGCCCUCAUUGCCUAAAUCACCAAAAGCCAGAUGGCAGACAUCAGUAAUUCAGUAAAGGAUGCUCCACAGUACCCAAAAAACACCACCACGAAAAAUCCAUAGGGGAGUGGGGAAUGGGGGCGCUUAGGGGCUGGCCCAUGGACUAAACCUAGCCUAACCAAACUAAUCUAACUAAACUUAACUGAACCGAACCUAACCUAACCUAACCAAACUAUCCUAACCAAAUUCAAAUUAACCUAGCCUAGUCUAACCUACCUAACUUAACUGUUAUUGCCUGUCCAUGUUGCAUUUUCUCUUGUUGAUCUACUGGAACAAUGAGUGGUGGAAAGGAGCUGUAAGGAGCUGACUUGGCAGCCAUAACAAUACUCUACCACUCUGGAAAGUCAGAUAAGGAAAUAACCUUGUGAGUGAUGGCAUGGGAUGGCACCAACCGCUACCAGUGGCUGAGUGGAAUCUCUUUGGCACUACUCUCAGCUGACCUUAUACUCAGUGCUCUCUUCCAAGUGUUUUCACACAAUCAUCUUUUGACACUCCUCAUUUACAUAAUUCAAGAUGUGUGUCUUGUGUUUUCGCUUAUUCUUCUGUGCCUUGCACUGUUCUCCACAACAUACACUCAGGCAGGUCUUGUUGAUGAGCUUGUUCGAAGGUUCCUCUGGUGUAUAUGUACAGCUGUGGCUUACCUGGGCCUCUCCCUUAGCUUCCACUCCUGGUCACUGAAGCAAGUGUGGCAGAAAUCUGAUGUUUAUAUUUGGUCACAUGGCAUGGUGUCCCUCUUCACUCUUCAGAGAACAGUUGGAUGUCUCCAUUAUUACCUCUACAAGAAGACAAUAUUGCAGUUAUCAGACAAGACUUUCUACAGUGCACUCCCUGUUGCUGUCUUCAAAUAAUUUAUCAUAGCUUAGUAGGCUUGUGUUUAAAACUGCAUUUUAUUUCUUGUACUAAAUGCAGAAUUCUUUGUGCCAGGGGAGAGAGAGAGAGAGAGAGAGAGAGAGAGAGAGAGAGAGAGAGAGAGAGAGAGAGAGAGAGAGAGAGAGAGAGAGAGAGAGAGAGAGAGAGAGAGAGAGAGAGAGAGAGAGAGAGGGGGGGGGGGGAAUGACCAGAAGUCUAGAAAUCGUGCUAACUGUAUGUAUGUUCCUGCAAGAGUAGAAUGCCAACAGUUAUUCCCUUCAGUGUCAUAUUUUCAAGAAUCACAUUCAGUAUAUGCUUACAUUUGCCUCAAGAGAGCUUAUUGCUCAUGUAUUCUGAUCUAUGGAUCAGGCUCAGUGAGAUCUUUCAUCUAUCAGUAACUUGUUCCUUGCUCAUCAGUGAAAAUCAUUGGGCAUGUGCUGGUACAUAUCUCAGUAUGUCAGGUGACUUUAUCAUCAAUCAAAAACAAAAUUGGCUGACUCUUGAUUCUCUUGUUUGUUUUAGGGAGUGACAUUACAAGCAUUUUUUCCCUUACCCUGUUUCCCUAACAAAAAAAUAAAUAAAAAAAAUAAAAAAAAAAAUAAAUAAAUAAAAAUAAAUAAAUAAAUAAUAAAAUAAAAUAAAAUAAAAUAAAUAAAAAAAAUAAAAUAAAUCAUCAAUCUGUAUACCAGGAAGGUAAUCCCUCACAUACAAAGCAUCACAUACUCACAUAAUUUAUUUACACUUAGAUGUGUUUGCUCUUGGUGAAAAGGUAGUCUUGUGGACCACCAUGCUACACUGCAGGAGCUUAGACAUAGCACAGUUGGCCACAUUUCCAUAGUGAAGCCUGACAACAUACACUAGUUUACCUCUGCCCCUUUACAAAGGGGCAGAGGUAAACUAUGCCAAAGGGGUAGAGGUAAACUAAGCCAAUCUUGAAACCUUGGCAGAUGCAGGGUACUUCACAGGGAGUGCCCUGCUCCUUAACUGGAUCCAUACACUAAUGGGCCCUGUCAAGUGCACCCACACCCUCUCCCAGGAAUAAACAAAAAAAAUAAGGCCCUUGUUCACCUAGCAGAGAAAAGGUUUGUUAUGUAAGCAGAGGAGCUGUAAUUUUGUUUCCCAGCAUGAAUAGGUAGUUAGCAAUCCUGUAAAUGUGUGUGUUUACCUAGUUUACCAAGUUGUAUUGUACAGGCCACAAGCCAAAGCUCAUUUUGUCCUGUCUCCGUAACCUUAUUUAUCCAGUUUCUCUUUAAACGUGUACGCUGUUUCUCAAAACCACCUUUUUAUUCAAAUAAUUCCAGAUUUCAAUAGUUCAAUACGGGAAGCUGUAUUUCUUGAUGUUGCUCAAACGUCCACUCUUCUUUAUUUUCUUCUCAUGCCCCGUUGUCCAUCCCUCUCCCUCCUCCAUCUGUGGUACCAAGUCAUUUCUAUUUCUAUAUUGUUUAUGAAUUUGUACAUUGUUAUCAGGUCCCCUCUUUCUCUUCUCUUAUAUAUAGCAUUGCUAAUCCCGUCUCUUCAAGUCUUUCUUCAUAGCUUAAGUCUUUCAGUUCUGGUACCAUCAUUGUCUCUUUCCUCUGUAUUCUUUCUAGUUUCCAUAUAUUUUUUUUUUCUAUGUGGAGCCCAAACUACUGCUGUGUAUUCCAGUUUUGGUUGUAUCAUGCUUGUUAUAAUUUUCUUUAUAUAAAUAGUUAAAUGCCACCCUAAUGUUUGUUAACAAUCUUUAUGUAGAGCAGAAUGUUCCGUUUGUGCGCCUUUCAGGUGAUAGUGUGUCCUGAAUCUUUUUCAUUGCUUUUCCUUAUUAUAUCUCCUCCCAUUUUGUAAAUCCAUGAAGGUCUUUUUACUUUUUCCAAUUUCCAACCCUUAGCAUUUUCUAGCAUUAAAUUCUAGUCCAUCUUUGCUUCCAUUCAUGUAUCUUUUCAAUAUCCUUUUGUAACUUGCAGUCAUUUUCAUCCUUUUUUAUUUUCAUUAUUUUUGCAUCAUCAGCAAUAAAAUUUAUAUAACUAUUUAGAUCUUCUAUCAUAUCAUUUAUAUAUAUUUGAAACAAUAGGUGCCAACACAGAUCCUUGCAGUAUCCCCCACUUGUCACUUCUCACCAACUUGAAUUAGUGUCUCUGAUUACUGUUCUCAUAUUUCUCCCUUGUCAUCCAUCAUCUCAAUGUUGCUCCCGUUAAUCCUCAUUCAUUCUCUAACUUCCACAUCAGACUUUUGUGGGGAACUUUAUCAAAUGAUUUUUUGAGAUCCAGGUAUACUGCAUCAACCCAUCUGUCCUCUUGCACUCCAUCUAUUACUCUCAUAUAAAAGCUCAGUAGAUAUGUGACAUUGGAUCUCCCUUUCCGGAAUCCAAAUUGCUUUUCUGUAAUUAUCUUUCCAUCUUUUAAAUAUUGCAUCCAUCUAUCUUUAAUUACUAUUUCACAAAGCUUGAUUACAAUACUUAUUAGUGACACUGGUCUGUAAUUUAAUGGUUCCAUUUUAUUUCUCCCUUUGUAUAUUGGGACCAUGUUAACUCUUUUGCAUUCCCUUGGUUGUGUGUGUGUGUGUGUGUGUGUGUGUGUGUGUGUGUGUGCACGCUUCCUCUAAGAGACUAGAAAUGGUCUGACACCACAUCAUGAGGGAUAAAACAAGGCAAGGUACAAGAAAUAAAUGUAUACACAAAUCUUGCAGACAAUUCUGCUGUAGCCAUCCCUUGUGUAGAACUUUACAAGAUAAGAAUGAAGUGUAAGAGAUGUUAUAAUUACCAGUAUUAGCUAUAGGAGCAUAAUAAUCUUAUUCAAGUUAAAGUUAAGAUAAAAGAGUGCUGCCUUAUGAAUGUAUUCCGCCCAUGACCAGAAGUGGUCUAAGUUGUUCAUCUACAUGACAUUCCAGUCAAUAUUGAGGAAAUAUUGAGCACAGUGGUGACAGUAGCUGCUCAAUGAGUGAUCUCAUUCAUUCUAGUCAUCAUAUGUUACAUGUGCAUAUGCCAUUAACAUUAUUCACUGUCUGGUUGCCCUCUUCUCAUUUCAUAUUAUGUUGCCUCAUUUACUAACUUUUUACAGAUUUCAUUGUGUUUAUUUUGAGAGAAUUCUUUGUCAGACAUAAUAUUCCAUCAUUUAUAUAUAAAUUCUUAUUCCUAUUACUUACUGUAACUGAUCCCUCAGACUCAUGUCAACAGGACAGACAGCUGAACUAACAGUAAAAAGCCUUGAUUGACAAUAGACAUCAAUAUGAGAGCUUCAAGAAAAAGUGAGAUUUAUGGAGGAGAAUGUAAGAUGGUAAAUUUACCAGAUAAAUGGCUAUUGUCUUGUUUCUCUCUCUCUCUCUCUCUCUCUCUCUCUCUCUCUCUCUCUCUCUCUCUCUCUCUCUCUCUCUCCUGGAGAUUCAGGUUUUGAUGUUAUGAACUGCACAAAGAACUACAUGAUUGCAGUUGUUAUUGAUUCAGGAAUAUGUAUCUGAGGCCUAUUGUAGAAUAUUUUAAAUUAUCAUCUGGUUAUGUGGACUGCAGUAGUUUAUAUAAAACUACACUGCAUCAUGCAUAUUACAACAUAGUACAAAGCAUUACUAUUACUGAACAUUAACUGUCUUUAAGAAAGCUUGUGCUGCUAAAUAUUGUGGUCAGUAUUAUUUAUUAAAUCUUACCCACUUAUAGGUUACUGGAAAAUACUUUCAUUUGUGUUAACUAUCAGUUUCAGAUGACUUCAAGCCAAAUACUUUAGAAUAAAGUGGUUGGAGUGUACAUGUAAUUUUAUCACUGUUCAGUACAUGUAUUUGCUGUCUAUACCACUGUGUACUACAUUAAGGUUCAGGUCCACUAUGAUAGUCUGGUAUUAUCCAGCCAAAUGUAUCUAAUGAACAUAGUAUCUAAAUAAACCAUAAUGACCAA